AAAAUUCUCUAGCCAACAGCUGGUUGGGAAGAGUGUUGUGCAAGCAUUUAGAUUUUAUUGCUUACCAAACAAUAUAACAAGAUGUCUUCAAUUUUAGCACUCAGACACCUGGGAAAUGCAUUGAAAUACACACCAGCAACCAAAAACUAUGGGAAUCUGUUAAAAAAUCAUCUAACACUUUCGCCGGCAACACAAUGUAUGGUAACAAAAGCUAACAUUAAUAACCCCAAUACUCCUUCCACAAAUGACGAUGAAUGGCGUAUUAUAUAUCGCUUGCCCCUAAUACGUAUGGCCUCAGCCUUCAAUCGUGUAAAAGUGCCGUAUGGCAUGUUAAACGGCAUAACCAUACCGGCAGUAUUUGCCUUGGAACAAGCCUCACAAUUACCACCAACCACCGCUGUGCUAGUAGGCGCUGUUGGUGUAACCACCUGGUGUACAUUGGCCAUAAGUAGUUUAUUUAUACGCAAUCUAAUUGGUAUUAUUUAUAUUAACGAUAAUAAUGAUAAAUUAAAAUUGGCCUAUGUGGACUAUUGGGGUAAGCGUCAUGAUGUGUGUGUUGAAUUAGCUGAUGUAGUACCGGAGGGUGAAAAAUCGAAAGCGUCUAAAUUUGAUUUCUAUCAAUCGCUUUGUUUGUACAGUGAUGAUAAGGUGAAUUAUAGAUUACUGAAUAGAUUUGGUAUGAUUGAAGAUCCGGAAACAUUUGCCUCGAUAUUUGGAGAGUAAAAUCAUGUUUGUUUACAUAUAUUUGUAAAUUA